AUGUCAGCUCCUUAAAUUAUAAUUGAACAGCAAUCUCAACUCAAUAGUCCAAUCGAAGUAGAUGGAGCUGUUUAUGUGGCUGCAUAAAAUGGAGAAAUAAUUUAAUACAAGGAUGAAUAAUCUAAAACAUUUUUUCAUGUAGCUAGUCAACCUCACUCAAUAAAAAUGGAUAAUAAGAACAAAGUGUUUUACGUAGCUAACAUGGCUAGAUAAUGCAUUUAGAGGUUUAGUCAAGAUGAGAACAACGAUGAAAUUAUUGAUUUCAUAAAUGAGUUUGAAGGAAUGCCUCUUCUUGGUCCGAAUUCCAUUUUGCUCUCUCCUAAAAAUAACAUGGUAUUCUUCACUGAUUCUGGACCUUUUGGAGAAACUGCAAUAGAUAACUGCAAAGGAUCAUUGUUUGCAGCAGAUCUGGAAAAUUUAACAUGUAAAGCCUUAGCAUUGUAUUGUCUUUCAUUUCCCAGUGGAAUAUGUAUGGGAAAUGACGAGAAAACCAUUUACUUGUGUGAAACAGGAAAGAAUAGAAUUCUCAGAUUUGUUUAGGCAAAUGCUGGGAUAUACUACUUUAGGUAUCAGCUUCCCCAUAAAUUUAGCGUUUAUAUUCAAUUUUAAGGGAGGUUCGGUCCAAUGGCUUGUGCUGUUUCAUCAACUGAUCUCUUGUACGUAGCCAGAUAUGAAUUCGCUUAAGUGACUGAGGAUGGACUGAUUAGUGUGUAUAAUCAGAAUGGCAUUAAUAUCGAUAAUAUAAUAUUGCCUCAAUAUCCUGAAUUGACAGGAAUGACAUUUUCGGUGUAAGCUUAAAUUUUUGUAUAAUCUAGAUUACAACCAGGGGUAUUGUACAUAACUGAAAAUUCUUAGAAGGGGAAGUGCCUGAAGCUGAAUGUGACACCGCCUGACAAAAAGGACAAGGAUAAAUUUAAGUGA